CUCGUUUGGUUUGCUUCGGGUAUUAAUGGUGCUUCAACAUUCACGAGAGAACUUCACGGUCCAAGUCCAAUAUAAAGGAGGUUGUGCUUGACCUGCAUUUCAUUCAGAAACAACAGCGUCCCAGCAUGUGUACGAUUGCGAGAUCACUGACCUGUACGCCGCUGCUGCUGCUGCUCCUGUCAGCCACCGUGGUCGUGAUCGCGUCCGCCGAACAACCGGUGUCCAACUUCGAGACCGUCCACACGAGUAACGCGGCGAUUUUGAAUCGACUCGGUCUCGCGCCGCUCCAGAUUCCCGAUGGUCACCAUAAGAAACGUCUGGCGGGUCCAGAGCCGCCUGGACUGAGCUCUCAGACUAGGAUUCAUCAGCCGUACAGCCGUCGACACGGUCACCGCGAUAGCCACGUAUACAUCGUCAAGCUGCCGGCCAGUCCACCCUACUACACCAUCACCAAGCCGCACAAAUCCGUGAAAGACGAGAAGGUAACCAAGACCGGGCCGAAUUUUCCCGUAGGAUUUCAAGGAAACGGGAAACCGGCCAAGAUCUACCACUGGAAUCUGCCCGUCGUAAAGAAGAUCACGGAGAAGAAGAGACUGCACACCCAGCUGAAGAUGGAGCAAGCCAAGAAGAAGAUGGACACCACGAAAAAGUUCCAGAGUUCGUCGACGAAGAACUCGAUGGAGGGUGGUCAUCAGCAGGGUAGCUCGAAGACCAGCCAGGACCCGGCUCGUCAGGAGAACAAGAAGUUCUUGGAUAACGGUAAAAUGGCGGUGCGUCAAGGCAGUCCCUCGAAGCACGUGAGGAACAACGACAAGAGGCUGAGCUAUCCGGAGCACGAGGACAAGAAGGGUGAAUCGGCGAAGAAGGGCAACAACGGUAACGCGAGCAACAAGACGUACAGGCUGGAUGAUUCAGGCGUGCAUAGGAUUCACUUGACGAACGAUCUUCACGGCUCGAGAAACACGGCGAAGGUGAAGAAACACCGGAAGAAGGCAGCCAUGUCGUACUACGCGCCAAUCACCGGCAAGUCUGGCUCCACGAGCAUCCACAAGAACUUCCCCGGAAACGGCAAGCCCAAGGCGUUCUACGUGAUGGAGAAAAGUCGCAAGCCCGUUUACUAUCAUCCCUUAUUACCUUAAUCCGCGAAGAUGUGUGUAAUCACGUGACGUGUUAACGGCCCGUGAGCUUGUUAACUUUGAGCAGUCGCGACAGCGCGCGACGUCGCCGUGAAACAAGAGCAAGGGCCGUCGUUUCGUACGACGACGACGACGACGACGAAAUUUUUCAAAGGGACAUGGGCUUAGAACGAACGUAAUGCGUGCGUGUUGCAGAGAGAUUGAGAGGGAGAGAAAGAGACACUGUACGAUCUUCGGAUGGAUGAGUCGUCCUUGCUCGAGGCCACGCGUAUCCUGCAAAAACCGUUCCACUUCUGUUACAGUUGUUAGAAGUAUUAGAUUAGGUUUCCGAGACUUUCUUUGGAAAGGUGGACUUAAAUUUAGGAUAGUUUAAGGUGAAUUUUGCAAACGCCUGCGACUGAGUUACGAUGGCACGCUCAGAAGAUAGUUUAAGUGAGGGGAAGGGAGGCGAUCGUCGGCGAUUCUUCGCCCUCUGCUUUUUAAGGGCGGCGCACCGAGGAUCGCCUCCUGUUGCUACGUU